AUGGCGAAAACUAAAAUUAAUUUAGAAAACCAUUUAAUAUUAGAACAAUCAAUGAUACGGCUUCCUUAUGAGCUUUUAAGAAUGAAUUUUAAAGUAUCACAAAAAUAUAUCGAAAAAAAUUCAAAUUAUUUUUUAUCCGCAAUUGAAAAAUUAGAUUUUAGUACAAGAGAAGAAACAGAAGCAUCAAUAGAACAAUUAAACAUUAUCUUAGUUAAAAUUCAAGAAUUAAAAGAAAAGUUGUUUUUAUUAAAUCAAGAAGAUAUACAGUAUUUUAGACAUUUAAAAGCUAGAAUUGCUCAUUUAAAAGAGCUUUGUAGCAUAGAAAACAUAGAGGAUGAUGCUUAUGAUAGAUGGAGUCAAGUUCGAUUGAAUCGUCUUUUAAUAGACUAUAUGUUACGUAAAGGGAUGAGUAAAACGGCUAAACAAUUAGCUCAAGAAAAAAAUAUUGAGGGUCUUGUUGAUAUUGAUUUGUUUGUUCGAUGUAGAGAAAUUGAAGAAGCUUUAAAAAAUAAAAACACAGCAAAAUGCCUUGCUUGGUGCUCAGAAAAUAGAGCUUUUCUAAGAAAGAAUAAAAUUAAUCUAGAAUUUGAGUUAAAGUUACAAGAAUAUAUUGAACUUGUUAAAAAAAGAGAACUUUUUCAAGCAAUUCAGUAUUCGCGAAAGUAUUUAACCUUUUAUUCAGAGGCGCAUAUAGAAGAGUUCAGGCGUGCUAUGGCUCUUUUAAUAUUCCCACCCGAUACAGAAUAUGAACCUUAUAAAAAACUUUAUUCUCCUGAUCGUUGGAUGUUGUUAGCGGAUUUAUUUGUAUUAACUCAUCAUAAUUUAUAUAAUCUUCCAGUCCUUCCUUUGUUAUACAUUACACUUUCUGCUGGUCUUUCUGCUUUAAAAACACCAUCAUGUUGUUCUUUUGAGUCUCAAAAAGUAAAUACUACUCUUUUUCACUCUACUCUCUGUCCAAUAUGUUCUCCUGAAUUAAAUUCUAUUGCUUCUUUAGUACCAUAUGCUCAUGCUGUUAGAUCAAGUCUUAUAGAUUCAUUAACAGGUGAAAAAAUUAAAAGUGAUAAUGAGUUAAUAGCACUUCCAAAUGGACAUGUCUACAAUCAAAAAAGUUUAUAUGAGAAAAAUGAAAAAUUCGGAAUUUCAAAAGAUAUUAUCUGGGACCCUGCAACGACUGAAAAAUUUUCUAGAGAAAAGAUUAGGAAAGUUUUUAUUAUGUAA